AUGCUAGUAAAAUUUAUCCCACAGCAACAGUUCAACAAACUCAUCACAUCUUUGGAAGAAAACUCAAAACGGCCUCAAGAACUAGCUUGUUCUCUUUCUCACCCAAGUCCCUCCGUCAAGCAAUUCGAAUCUUUCAUAAACCUUCAUAUUGCAAGUCAAGAUGAAAAACUCACCUUUAUUCUAUCAAGAUCCCAGCAAAUCAGUAAGAAGAUGGCAUUCCUCAUGCUUUGGAACCUCUCAAUCAAGCCUGAAAAAGAAACAAGGGAGUACGUUGGCCAGAUCAGGUGCCGGAAGGGAACUAGUAAACAGAAAGGGGGUGCCGGAAGUAGAAUCGCUAUUAAAGCAUAA